AUGGUCCCUGUACAGUCUUUCACAGGUGGGCUGCUGGGCACAGGUGGGGCUGCUGGUCACAGGUGGGGCUGCUGGUCACAGGUGGGGCUGCUGGUCACAGGUGGGGCUGCUGGUCACAGGUGGGGCUGCUGGUCACAGGUAGGGCUGCUGGUCACAGGUGGGGCUGCUGGUCACAGGUGGGGCUGCUGGUCACAGGUGGGGUUGCUGGUGCUGGUGCUGGCGGCUGGCGCUGGUGCUGGUUCCUGGUGCUGGCAGCUGGCACUGGGGCUGGUUCCUGAUGCUGGCGGCUGGCGCUGGGGCUGGUUCCUGGUGCUGGCGGCUGGCGCUGGUGCUGGUUCCUGGUGCUGGCGGCUGGCACUGGGGCUGGUUCCUGGUGCUGGCGGCCGGCGCUGGGGCUGGUUCCUGGUGCUGGCGACUGGCGCUGGGGCUGGUUCCUGGUGCUGGCGGCUGGCGCUGGGGCUGGUUCCUGGUGCUGGCGGCUGGCGCUGGGGCUGGUUCCUGGUGCUGGCGGCUGGCGCUGGGGCUGGUUCCUGGUGCUGGCGGCUGGCGCUGGUGCUGGUUCCUGGUGCUGGCGGCUGGCGCUGGUGCUCAACCGCCGGUGCGACGGGCGAGGUGCAAGGUGGCGCUGGCUGCAGUCGAUGGCGCAAACGCGAUCGCGGGCCGCUGGCGACUUCGCUGGCGACUUCGCUGGCGGGUCGCUGGCGGCGGGUCCGCUGGCGUUCGCCAUAG